AUGGCUGGACGCUGCAUCCUGUAUUUCAUUCUGCUUGGCACUCUGGUCAACAAUGGCCAAACCUGCUUCUGUGAUCGCUACCAAUGGACACAGUGGUCCAGCUGCUCGAAAACCUGUAAUUCAGGAACCCAGAGCAGACAGAGGCUACUGGUAGUAGACCAAUACUACUGGGAAAACUCAUGUGACCAGCUCUGUACCAAGCAGGAGACCAGAGAAUGUAACUGGCAAACGUGUCCCAUCAACUGCCUCCUGGGGGAUUAUGGACCAUGGUCAGAUUGCGACCCUUGUGUUAAAACACAGUUUAGAGUAACAUCUGUCUUGCGCCCGAGUCAGUUUGGAGGGCAACCAUGCACUGAACCCCUGGUGACCUUUCAACCAUGUAUUCCAUCUAAACUCUGCAAAAUUGAAGCAGCUGACUGCAAGGACGAUUUCCGCUGUGACAGUGGCCGCUGCAUUCCCAGCAAGUUAGAAUGCAAUGGAGAAAAUGACUGUGGAGACAACUCAGAUGAAAGGAAUUGUGGGAGAACAAAGAAAGUUUGCCCUCGGCAGUACGCUCCCAUCCCUAGUGUACAGUUGAUGGGCACUGGGUUUCAUGUUCUGGCAGGAGAGCCCAGAGGAGAAGUCCUUGAUAACUCUUUCACUGGAGGAAUAUGUAAAACUGUCAAAAGCAGUAGAGCCAGUAAUCCAUACCGUGUUGCGGCCAAUCUGGAAAAUGUCAGCUUUGAGGUAAAAACUGAAGAAGAUGAUUUUGAAACAGAUUUCUAUAAGGAUUUAAUUAAUCUUCACAAGAAUGAAAAUAAACGGAGGUCUUCAGCAAGUGAAAGCCAAGGAUCUCUCCGCAUACCGAUUUUAUACUCCUCCAAGAGAAGCCAAAGCAUUACACAUAAUUAUGCUUUUAAACAAGCCAUCCAAGCCUCACACAAAAAGGAUUCUAGCUUUAUUAGGAUUCAUAAAGUGAUGAAAGUCUUAAACUUUACCAUGAAAACUAAAGACCUACAGCUUUCUGAUGUUUUCUUGAGAACACUUAACCACCUGCCUCUAGAAUAUAACUCAGCUUUGUACAGCCGAAUAUUUGAUGACUUUGGCACUCACUACUUCACCUCUGGCUCCCUGGGUGGAGUCUAUGACCUCCUCUACCAGUUUAGCAGUGAGGAACUGAAGAACUCAGGUUUAACAGAGGAAGAAGCUCAAACCUGUGUCCGGACUGAAACAAGAAAACGUUAUGUUUUUGUUAAGAAAACAAAAGUACAUCACCAGUGCACAACUAACAAGAUGUCAGAGAAAUAUGAAGGUUCAUUUUUGAAAGGAGCAGAAAAAUCCAUAUCCCUGGUUCGUGGAGGGAGGAGUGAGUAUGCAGCAGCUUUGGCCUGGGAGAAGGGGAACUCCAGUCCCGAGGAGAAGGUGUUUUCUGAGUGGUUAGAAUCAGUGAAGGACAAUCCUACUGUGAUCGACUUUGAGCUCGCUCCCAUUGCCAACUUGGUGAGAAACAUCCCCUGUGCAGUCACAAAACGGAACAACCUCAGGAAAGCUUUUCAAGAAUACGCAGCCAAGUUCGACCCCUGCCACUGUGCGCCAUGCCCUAAUAAUGCUCGACCCACACUCUCAGGGACAGAAUGUCUGUGCAUCUGUCAGAGUGGCACCUAUGGAGAGAACUGCGAGCGACGGUCCCCAGACUAUAAAUCAAAUGCAAUAGAUGGGAACUGGAGCUGCUGGUCAUCCUGGAGCACAUGUGAUGCUACUUAUAAGAGAUCGCGAACCCGGGAAUGCAAUAACCCUGCCCCCCUUCAGGGAGGGAAACCCUGUGACGGGCAGAGGCGGCAAGAGGAAGACUGCACAUUUUCAAUAAUGGAAAACAAUGGAACACCAUGUAUUAGUGAUGAUGAAGAAACAAAGGAGGUAGACCUUCCUGAGAUGGAGACAGAUUAUGGCUGUCCACUGCCAACACCUCCAGAAAAUGGAUUUAUCUGGAAUGAAAAGAAACUGUAUUCGGUUGGAGAAGAAGUUGAGAUUUCAUGCCUCACUGGAUUCAGAGCUGUUGGGUACCAGUACUACAGAUGCUUACCAGACAGGACCUGGAGGCAAGGAGAUGUGGAGUGCCAACGGACAGAGUGCCUCAAGCCAGUUGUGCAAGACGUCCUGACCAUCACACCACUGCAAAGAUUAUAUAAAAUAGGUGACUCCAUUGAGCUAACCUGCCCAAAAGGGUUGGUUGUCGCUGGGCCAUCCAGUUUCACAUGCACGGGAGAUUCCUGGACACCGCCCAUUUCAAAUUCACUCACCUGUGAAAAAGAUACUCUGACGAAAAUGAAGGGCCGAUGUCAGCCAGGACAAAAGCAGGCAGGAUCUGAAUGUGUCUGUCUCUCUCCAGAGGAAGACUGCAACCACUAUUCAGAAGAUCUCUGUGUGUUUGAUACAGACUCUAGCCAUUACUUUACGUUACCUGCUUGUAAGUUGUUGGCUGAGAAAUGCUUAAAAAAUCAGCAACUCCAUUUUCUACAUAUUGGUUCCUGCCGCGAUGGUCCACAGUUAGCAUGGAGCCUUGAAAGAACAAAACUUUCAUCCAACAGCACAAAGAAAGAACCCUGUGGCUAUGACACCUGCUACGAUUGGGAAAAAUGUUCAGUCUCCACUUCCACGUGUGUCUGCCUGUUGCCCCCUCAGUGCUCCAAAGGUGGAAAUCAGCUCUACUGUGCCAGAAUAGGAUCAUCGACUCGUGAGAAAACAGUGAACAUCUGUGAAGUGGGAACCAUAAAAUGUGCGAACAGGAAGGUGGAAGUACUGCACCCUGGGAGGUGUUUGGCCUAGUACAACUACUGAUGAACAGAGUUAAUCUUGGAGCAUAAUCCCAUACAAUGGCCAUGCAGCACUAACUGUACACUGACAGCCUCAGAAGUUACUGACACAAUUGUUCCAUGUUAGUUGAUACAGCUUCUCCCAUUCUCUUAUUUUAGCAUCCCCUGUCCACUUCCAGCCAGGACACUCUGCAGUUCAUGCUUAUGUAAUAAC